AUUAACAAAUGGAAGUAGAAAAAAUAUCAAAAAUUAAUGAGCCAAUUGCUGUUGAUGUUAGUAAUAACAAUGCCGUUAUUGUAAUUAGCUCUGAUGAAUCUAUAAUAUGCCUAAAUGACAUUGAAGAUUAAAUUUUGGAUGAUUAUUUAUCCUUUCAUGAUGACUAGUAGUCUAAGACCCAAGCACAGCCAUAGAUUUAUUCAAGAGCAAGACAACCACCCUAAAUGCCAAAAUAUAUGGAAUUUGAGCCAGAAAAAUCCAGUUCUUCAUCAAUAAACUUAAGCUAACCAUUAUCAGUAAGUCUAGUUGCUAAAUUCAUGAAUGACGAAUCAGAUUUUCAAAGGAAUUUUGAUGAAUGGAGUUUAAGCAGUUUAGAAUCUAAAACUCCUCCAAUUAAAAAUAAUCAUCAUUACAAUACAUUUUCUGAAUUAUAAAAGUACUUUCCUACAAUUACUGAUAAUCAAUAUGAGGGUUUAUUAUUAGCAUAUAAUAACGAUUAUCAACUUGUAUUGAGAAUCUUGGAAGUUGAUUAAAAGUAAAUACAAAGAUUAUUAGAUAAAAAUAAAAAUAGAAAAAAAGUGAAAAUAUGA